CUCGCACGAUUAUGUCAUUAUUAAGGAGGAGUUCUUUCUAAGGGCCUGGUAUAUAACGCCACAACAACAGUGGACAUCGGCUUUAAUUGUGUCCUCACCAUUCUCACGGAAAGCUGAACUGACCUGCUGGGAGCAUGAUUCGUUUGCUACUGUUCGCCCCCUUGUUGUUUGUUGGAUCAAGAGCUUUGGCGUUUCAGCUGGAUGAACUGACGAAAUAUAUCGACAGUCACCAAGAAGAGUAUGUGCAGACUCUAAGGGAGUGGGUUGCAGUGGAGAGCGAUUCGAGUGAUGUGCAGAAGCGCUCGGAGGUGGAGCGUAUGAUGAACAUAACGGCGGAGAAGCUGAAGGCAAUGGGUGGGAACGUGGAGCUGGUGGAUAUUGGGCUUCAGGAGUUACCCAGUGGCAAUUCCAUCCCUUUGCCGAAGGUGGUCACUGCCCAGUUUGGCAGUGACCCGGCCAAGCACACGGUCUGCGUGUACGGUCACGUGGACGUGCAGCCAGCCAAGAAGGAGGAUGGCUGGGCCACGGAGCCUUACAAUCUGACCGACCUCAACGGAAAUCUCUAUGGAAGAGGGGCUUCAGACAACAAGGCUCCUGUGCUGGCCUGGAUUCACACAGUGGAGGCCUACCAAGCACUUGGCAUCGAGCUCCCAGUCAAUGUGAAGUUCAUCAUUGAAGGCAUGGAGGAGACCGGAUCCAAUGGUCUGGAUGCCAUGAUCAUCUCGCAGAAUGAUACCUUCUUUGCUGAUGUGGAUUACAUCAUCAUCUCUGACUGCGGUUGGCUGAGCCGCCGACCAGCCCUAACCUACGGCACCAGAGGAAACUGCUACUUCUUUGCUGAGGUUGAGGGGCCUACGCAGGACCUGCAUUCAGGAGUAUAUGGAGGCACUGUGAUCGAACCCAUGACUGACCUCAUCGGCAUACUGGACACUCUGAUUAGCCCCAGCGGAAAGAUCCUCAUCCCUGGGAUUCCGGAGGCGGUGGCCCCCCUAUCGGAUGAGGAGUGGAAGAUGUACCAGGACAUUGAGUUUGAUGUGGAAAACUACAAGCAAAAGAUCGGCGUCAGCCACCUCAUGUACAGCAGCAAGGUAGACCUGCUAGCCCAUCGCUGGCGCUACCCCACAGUGACUAUUCACGGCAUUGAGGGAGCUUUCUCUGCUCCAGGCACAAAGACGGUCAUCCCUGCCAAGGUCAUCGGAAAAUUCUCCAUCCGUCAGGUGCCCAACAUGGACCCGGCAGUCGUGGAGAAACAGGUGACGGACUACCUGAAUGCAGUUUUUGGCAGACGGAAGAGUCCCAAUAAGCUGAAAGUAACUAUGGUCAUCGGGGCCAAGCCCUGGCUGGCCGACACCCAGCACCCUCUGUACGACGCGGGGAAAGAAGCCGUGAAGAAAGUGUUUAAAGUGGACCCAGACAUGAUCCGUGAAGGGGGCACGAUUCCAAUUGCCAAGACUUUCCAGGAUGUGACCAGGAAGAGCAUCAUUAUGUUGCCCAUUGGGGGCUUUGAUGAUGGCCUGCACUCCCAGAAUGAGAAAAUGAGCAGGUACAACUACAUAGAGGGAACCAAGCUGUUUGUUGCAUACCUCCACGAAGUUGGGCAGAUUAAGAGGGACUGAGAACGUCCCUUCUGAAGAAUAAAAUUGGGACUAUUAAACUGGAACCCUGCUCUCUUUUAAACUCCACAGCCAUGAGUUCAGCAGCAGCAGUGUACAGCAUACAGCUCUUGUUUCAUAAAAGACUUUUAUAUAUACUUAAUGGAAUAUUUUUUGGACUUUUUAAAAAUGAUUUAUUGUCAUUUGAGCACACAACUUGGCAAAUACAUGGAAAUUUCUCUCAAUUUCACUUUUUUUCUCAGUCAGCAUUGCAUACAUAUGACAGUGUUAAUAAUCAGAGAAUGAUAGAAAUAGCUUACAUUGAAGGGGACUAGAGAGAAAUAAAAUCAUUGUUAACAUGACAAUUCACUCUCA